CCCACCCCCAUUUCUCUCUGUCUCCUCCCCACCCCAUGCAGUACUAUGAGAUGUCCUACGGCUUGAACAUCGAGAUGCACAAGCAGGCUGAAAUCGUCAAGAGGCUGAAUGGGAUCUGUGCCCAGGUCCUGCCCUACCUUUCCCAAGAGCACCAGCAGCAAGUCUUGGGAGCCAUCGAGAGGGCUAAGCAGGUCACUGCUCCUGAGCUGAACUCCAUCAUCCGACAGCAGCUCCAAGCCCACCAGCUGUCCCAGCUGCAGGCUCUGGCCCUGCCUCUGACCCCACUGCCUGUGGGGCUGCAGCCCCCUUCGCUGCCGGCGGUCAGUGCAGGCACCGGCCUCCUCUCGCUGUCGGCGCUGGGCUCCCAGGCCCACCUCUCCAAGGAAGACAAGAAUGGGCAUGACGGUGACACCCACCAGGAGGAUGAUGGCGAGAAAUCGGAUUAGUGGGCGGCUGGGAUGGGGGCAGGGGGACAAAGGGGAGACAGACAUGGAGAGAGGAAUAUUCAGCGUAAGACACAGUAUAGCUUGGGAUUGGCUCAACUCUGGUAGUAUUUAUGGUAGCCGCCUGCUGGGGCCCUCGCCCUGCUUGUGUGCCACCCCCUGACUUGGCUCCUACCCCCGACUCCCAGACUCCCUCCUCCUCCCCUGCAGCCUGAAUGGGUCAAUACCCGCUCAUACCACAGAUGAGGCAAGCUGAGGCCUGGAGGCACAAGUGGGAGGCCAGGUCCGAAGGGAGCAAGACCUCAAGAGGUCCAACACCCCCUGCACUUCCCCAAUUCGCACACCUGUAACUGACAGUCUGCCCGCUGGCCCCCCCCCCCAUCCCCAGGGCACACCCUGGCCUCACACCCUGGCACUGCAUGCAAACACAAUGCUAGCUGCCCCUCCCCGCCCUGGGCGCCCCGCGUCUCCCCUUCCCACUCACUCACCCUCUGCUAGUUCCUGCCACUCACGCCCACCUAGUCCUGUCCCCUCACCCAUGAAAGAGAGGGGCCACGGACAGCAAGCUUCGCCUGGGGAACAGGGUGGGGUGGGCGACCCAGAAUUCCCUUUCUCCCUUUCCCAAAUAAAGAUGAGGGUACUCAAGUUGUCUUGGUUUUUAUUUUUUAUUUUUCUUUUUUCCAGUAUACUAGCUUGUCUU